ACUGGACGGCGACACCAGCCCAGGGUGGGUGACCUGGCCGCGUCAGGCCGCAGAAACGGCCGAAGCUGUCAGCCAGGCUCGCCACGCGCCGAUCCAUCCAUCAGGCGUCAGUGGCAGAGACAGCCGCGCGCCGCCCCGCACGUCCAGCUCGCGGGGCCGGCCGCCGGGAUCGCGCCGCGCCCUCGAACGGGACGCGAGCGGGAGACGCUCGCCGGGCUCGCCCACCCGCACCCGGGCCCCGCGCCGGCGUGGCUACCGGAAAACGAUCCCUCUCUGCGCGCCCGCCGGACCGUGACCGGAGCACCGGGCCAGCUGACGCCGCCGAAACCGAGCCGAUGGAGUCCCGCACCUGCGCGCGCGCGGGCGCUUUGGUCCCGGCCGGCCGAUCGCUGACGCCUGUUGCGAGCGGCGGACCCGGGCGACUAUGGGUGGACGCGCCCUCCUGUCGGCAGGCAGAUCGAUCCGCACGCCCAGACGGACACGAUGGCUGGAUCUAUUUCAUCUGAUCUGUUCUAUUCUAACCCGACGCACGCCGCUGCCGAGAUACGCAUCUCCACGUGUCAGGGACGCCGCCACACAGGCGCAGUGAUUCUUCUCGGUAGCCGACACAGCGGCAGAAUCACCGCGACGACAGGACGGCACGGCCCGGUCGAUCCGGGCUGCACAUACGGCGCCUCCGUACCGCCGGAGCGACCGAGGAAGCAGACUGCACGGGACCAGCCAGGGGUACAGCGCCACCUACUGGCUGGGGCUUCACCCAAGGGAGGAGCGCAUUGAUAUCCGGCAGCAGCGAGCGACCGACGUCGUCUCUAGCUGGCUGCUGGCCUGGCCGGCUACCGAUCGAUCGGCGAGCGUUAAGAAUGGACUUCGCCUUCCCCGCCACCACCACGGCAGCCGCGGCCACGACGACGGCGCCAGAGGAGAUCCCGUUCCCCCGCUUCGCGGCCGCGUUGCCUCCCCGGCUCCCUCCCUCUCCUCCCGCCGCUGCCGCCGACGCCAUGGCGGAAGAAGGGCCGCGGGCGCCGGAAAUGAAGGCGGGGGCGGGUGCGGGAGGUGACGACGCGGCGUCGGCUGCGGCGGCGGCGGAGGUGGAGGACAGGAUGGACCUGCUGUGGGAGGACUUCAACGAGGAGCUGGCGCUGGCGCGGCGCCGGGCGCGGGGGCGGGGCGGUUCCUGGCGGGAGCGCGGCGAGGGGCUGCUGGUGCUGGAGGCGGGCCCGUGGUCGGAGCCGUCGUCGCCGUCGGACGCGGGGUCGGAGCCCGCGGGCCGCGUCGGGUGCGCGCCCGUGCUGCGGCCCUCGUCCAGGGCCGCCGGCGGGGCGAGGCACUACCGCCGCCGCGCGGGGUCCUGGGUGCUGCUCAUGAGGAUCUUCCGGAGGCUCUUCGUCAUCGACAAGACCAUCUCCGUCGCCAGGCAGCGCUCGACCACCAGGGCGCGCUGACGCACGUGUUUCUUGCAGCGGAACCAUGCAUGCAUGGUUCUGAUGCAAGAACAGCCGCGCAUCCGUAAGUAAAUUAUACACCGCUCCAUCAGACAUAAAAGCAAUUAAUGAUCGAGAUUUGUUCUUGACUCUGUAAUUAGGGUUCAUCAGCAGAUACAGAGAAAUCAAAACCAGUCCAUGUCCAUAGCAAUGUCACUCCAUCUCAUUCUUCCACUGUCACUCCAUUUCUCCAUGGAUCAUCUAUCACUCUACCAAUUCAAUAGAAUAAAUGUUAAAAAAAUAGUAAAAAAGGCAAUGCCCGUGCAACUUGAAUCCUUCUCCAUCGCGCCCAUCAGUCACGAGACGAUGUCAUGCGACCCAUGAUAUCGUACCUUCGGAUCUGAAGAACGAAAGGUGCACGGCUUUACCAGGACAAAAUGUUUUGGUGUGGGUUCGUGGGGACGAAAGGUCCUCGUGCUGUUUUACUUGGGAGGAUGCGUGUGUUUGUUGGGGCGGCUCACAUAAGGACAAGGGGAUUAGCUCGUACUAAAGGCAUAAAGAGACCACGGACGGGGACAUCCAACCUCUGCCCUACUACCUCUCAGAACAGUAAAACCCUGCUGCUGUGCUCCCAUGGAAACCUCUUGACCGAAAAAGGGAGCAUACGGUUGUGUAAAGAGUGGGAGAAUAGCAUCUUUUAACAACUGUAUCGUCCCACUAGCAUAAACGUUGCCAUAAUCGUGUAUUUCCAAUCAAAUCCAAGGUCUCUAGAUAAUAUCGUAAUGAAGGUAAUAUGGUAAAUGAUAAGAUCUUAAGCAUAAAAUUGUAGAAAUGUAAUUCUAUUGGUUAAAUCGUCGAAUCAGCGCUCCUAAUCUAGAUUGUAAAGACUCAAAAUCAUACUAUAGAAUCGCGAUUUUGACAACCAUUAACGGCAGCUUCUGAUUUCUGCAAAGUACCCCUCCGUCCCAAAUUACAAUUUAUUUUAGUUUUUUUAGAUACAUAGCUUUUGCUACAUACGUAGAUAUAAUGCACAUCAAAAUGCAUUGCAAAUAUAUGUAUCUAGAAAAGAUAAAUAGAAAAGAUAAAACGAAUUGUAAUUUGGGAUGGAGAUAGUAGCGUACUAGCAUUGGGGUCAGGCAUUACAAACUUCAUCACAGCAAUGAAAUGGACAGUUUUGUCCCCACAAAUUAAAAAACUGCACGAGCAUAGGGAUGAAAGGGACAAUUUGCGAAUUAUGUUGGAAUCCUACCAUAACUCAAUAACAAAUUGGGGUCAACUAACAACAGAUCAGACAGCAGACAGCCCAUAAGGACCUAGGGUUUGUUGUACACUCAUAAACACAGCGUGAUGGCAGCUGGGCCUACUUUCACCAACUAUCUUAGGCCAAUGUAGUACACAACACCCACAUUAAAUAUCUUCACCUUUUAUGCCGAUAAAAGACUAAUGCGGCUCUGAUCCCAUUUUUUACAGAGAGAAUAUCCGAAGAUGAUGACAGACCACACCAAUGCAACAAGAGUUAAGGGGACCGUGGAGUUGAAUAUGAAUUGUGGAUGGUUUACUGUGUUUCCUGUGAAGUUACAGCCCACAAUCCUCGUCGAAAUAUAUAUUCUGAUCAUAGAUGACAGACCACCCUUGAUACACGAAUUUCUAAUAGAUACAGCAUUCUAUUUUUUUUCCCUAAAAGAAGAUAGACCACAAGCAUUGUAUGAUUGUUGACGAGUAAUAAUGGCACAGUAAUGGAGAUUGGAGAGUUUGGCCGCAA